AUGAGGACCCUCACCCUCCUCACUGCACUUCUCCUCUUGGCCCUCCAGGUCCAGACUCAGAGUCUUGAAGAGACAGCCGACCAGGUUCCUGCCCAGGACCAGCCUGGGGCCGAGGCCCAGGACAUAACCAUCUCCUUUGCAGGGGAUGAACGCUCUGCUCGAGAGGCUUCAAAAUCCCUUAUAGGAACAGCCUCCUGCACCUGCAGACGUGCCUGGAUCUGCAGAUGGGGUGAGCGCCACUCUGGGAAGUGUAUAGACCAAAAAGGCUCCACAUACAGGCUCUGCUGUCGUCGCUGAGCUUGUGGAUUGAGACUCAGAGCAAUGCGUGACUCCGCUUGAUAACCUGGAAAGGGGUUUACUCUUUGUACCUUCUACCUUUUCAUAUUUCUUUCUCCAAAAUAAACUUUAAGCAUUAAA